UUUCACCAAAGCUAAUUAUUUUAAAGGUUAUUAUUAUUUAAUUAAUGAUUUGUGACCAUUUUUAAUCUAAUGAUACACUAAAUCUGAGCAUAUUUCAAUUUCAAUUUCGUUUCCCGAUUAGAUGAAGAAGAUACACGGUCCCAAUUUCAAUUUCGUUUCCCGAUCUGCAAUUCGAGCGAUAUGCGUUAGAUGUACUUCCCAGAUUUGCUAGUAAUCUCCUGUUUGAUUUGAUCUCCUUCCUUCCCAGAAAUGUGGGUGCCUACUUUGAGCUCAAGCUCAUGUUCAAGCGAUGAGAGGGAAGAGGAGAAGUACACUGGAGAGGAGGCCCGGUUUACUCCGGUUUAUCUCAAUGUCUAUGAUCUAACACCUGUCAACAAUUACCUUUAUUGGUUUGGUAUCGGCAUUUUCCAUUCUGGCAUCGAGUCUCAUGGUUUGGAGUAUUGCUAUGGAGCUCACGAGUACCCAACGAGUGGGGUAUACGAGGUCGAACCCAAGAACUGCCCAGGCUUCAUCUACAGACGCUCCCUUUUGCUGGGAACUACAACCAUGUCCCGUUCUGAUUUCCGCUCCUACAUGGAGAAGCUUUCAAGAAAAUACCACGGUGACACUUACCACUUGAUUGCCAAGAACUGCAACCAUUUCACCGAACAAGUAUGCUUCCAGCUCACUGGAAAGCCUGUUCCUGGUUGGAUCAAUCGCCUUGCCCGAGUCGGUUCGUUCUGUAAUUGUCUUCUACCGGAAAGCAUUCAGCUUACAGCUGUUAGUGCUCCUUCCGAACGCCUUGAGUUCUCUGAUGAGGAUGAAUCAAACUCAGAGGCGUCUUCUGUGUCAGAUGAAGAAGGACCAGAGCAUCGUCUUAUAAAUGUAGUAGACAGAGAGGUUGUGUAUCUACAAAACAAACCAGUGCGACUUACCAGAGAGGGGAUCCAUUGAGAAGACUUUCCUUCUUUAAGCAAUCCAACCAAUCAUUGCAGAGCGUUACACGACGUAGUAAGCCAUGGAAACCCGAAGGGAGUCAAGUGAUAUUUGGUCUUUUUGGCUCAUUGCUCUGCUGGAAAUCGAUUUAGUAUUCUUCUCAUUUCAGGAAUGUAAAAAAAUAAAAACUUAAUUCAAGAUUUUAUUAAAAUUGGAACACCCU